AUUGAUUGCUUCAAAUGUGUGUCGAUGAAUGGUGCGAAUAAAGCGUGCGAUGACCCGUUUCACAACAAUUUCUCGACGGCCAUCCUGGAAUCACCGUGCAUGGGUGGACGGAAGGGCAGGGAUGGACUGUUUCCGGCCACGUCCUGCAUCAAAAUUGCUGGCUACUACGAUGAUACCGGUGAAACCAUUACCGUUAGAGGAUGCGCCCUGGACAGUGGAACACUGACUACCGAUACGGAAAUCAUUCGGAUGUCCCACUGCGGCCGGUUCUUCUAUGAUGAUAGAUAUGUCCACGGGUGUCUGCAGAGCUGCAACGAUGCCGAUGCAUGCAACAUAGCUCCAGGCUGGUGA